AGCGUACACGUAUCUGAAAGCAUGGGACGGUACUACGAGGCGCGGUUGGGUGGUUACACGGACAGAUACACCGCUAUGGCAAUGGGAUGGGCUGGCGUUCCUCAGUGGGAAGGUGACGUUCUCAUGUCCUAUCUUGCGCUGGUAUGCGCGGUGCUUCACCGGUACGCAGUCAUGAUGACGAGAGAUCUGACGAACUAGAUGCUAGCAUUCAGCAUUGGCGGCGAAGAUUGUUCGCAAGCCUGUACUGGUAUAACGUGUCCUCUCUCUUUCCAGCACUUGUCUGGCCGUUCUGGCAUAACGUUGUCUGCACCUUCGCAAGUACGAUACUGCUGUUUGUACGCACACCUCCAGCAGCGAUGCGGAGUCUCAAGUCUGGACGAAACAGUUCGGCUUCUCACGCUCCAGCAUAGCUCGCGUGCUACUCGAAAUUCUCGUCCAGGCUCACGGGCAGCUCUGCGUAGCAUCUGCGUCGCAGUCUUUGUCCUUGAAGCGUUUAUAGGUGCAGCGUGCCGCUGCGCAUGAUGGAUUGCUGGCUGUGAGCGUACGGACAGCGACUUCCACAAGGCCGCCGUCAGACACGGUUACG